AUGUGUUCGUCUAUGAAGAGUUUUCUCAAAUUUUUAAUCUUAGCUGUAAAUAUUCCCAUCUUGAUUGUCGGUCUAGUAUCAUUAGGAACUGGAAUAUGGGUGGUAGUUAACGAAGACAGUUUCUUCAGUACCUAUAGCUAUAUAGUCGACUUUACAGUCAUCGACCGCGAGUUCAUACGAGAGGGGGCUAUCGUGCUUCUAUCAUGCGGUGCAGCAACUGCACUCUUUGCCUUGAUUGGCAUCGCUGCAGCUCGCUCGAACUCGACUUACCUAUUGGGCUUUUAUGUUAUAAUGAUUUGUUUCCUAAUCGCAGUCGAAGUCGCAGCCGUAACGUUAGGAAUAAUCUUUAAGGAACGGUGGGAAAGUCAACUUGAUAAUAAUGUAUUAUUGAAGAUAAAUAAUACUUAUAAUGAAGACGACGCGAGUUCUUUCACCUCCUCCCUGAAGUUAUUACACCAGAAUGAGAAAUGCUGUGGGUGGAGAAAUGCUUCCGAUUUUAUGUAUGCAACUAAUUGGAACAAAACUUUAGAAAAUGGCGACGAAAUGGUCGUGCCGAAAAGCUGCUGUUCCAGUGAAAAUGUGACAGAAAUGCUUCUUUGUUCAUUGAACCCCAGUGUGAACAAUUCGUACAUAGCAACGGGUUGCAAGGCAGCUGUAGAAAAAGUAUUCACAGAUUAUCAAGGCAUAGUGAUAGGACUUGGCGUCUGUAUUCUCGUUCUAGAGAUGUUGAUGGUCAUGGUUGCCGUGUGGUUAUUAACUCACGCAGUUAAAAAUAAAUAUGAUUUGAACUAA